UCCUCUCCUCUGGUCUGUCUCAUCCUCGUCUCGCUGUUGAUCCGUCUCUGAAAUGAUCGCAGACGCACAUCAGAUGUUGAGGAUUCAUGUAUCUGGAGGCUGGAGCUGAACUCGACGAUGUCAUUUGGAUGUAAAUAGGUUACCCCGGUGGACAGAGACGACAAGAAAAGCUAGCUUACCUGACCUUCCUGAAGCUUUAGUUAUUGUUCUGAUAAACAAAUCAUCAUGGAUCUGUCAUUUAUGGCCGCGCAGAUCCCUGUGAUGACAGGAGCCUUCAUGGACUCAUCGCCUCACGAUGACUACAGCACGGAUCACUCUCUCUUCAACUCCUCUGCUAGUGUCCACGCCGCAGCUCUGGCAGCUCACAACCAACAGGAGGAGCAGCAGCCCAUGUCCCGAGAUGCCAUCUGGCUGUGGCUCGCCAUCACCGCCACCAUUGGGAACAUCAUAGUGGUGGGCGUCGUCUACGCCUUCACGUUCUGACCUCUGGAAUGAAACCAGCUGAACUUUGGAGACAUAUUCGACUUUGAGUCCCUCAAAUAUAGGACCCCUCAUCGGACGAACAGUGUCUGAAAAAAAUCUGCACGUUUUUUGUUGUUUAUUUGUUUGGUUUUUACGUAGAACGGUUCCAGAAAUUAUUUUUGAUUCAUUGUCAUCUUCAUGUUGAAAACGUUUUAACUAGAUUGUUUAUUGCUAAACAAGUGUAACGUGAGGAAAAAUCACAGAUUUCUUUUUUUUUCUUUUUUUUUCUUCUGAGUGACUAAUACUGCCAGACUUUUGCCAAAUAAUUUGUACGUUUUUGCUUUUAGUAUGUAAUGGCAGAUGUUGUUAUUAAGCUUUAAAUGUCUAGAGGGCAAACACUACUCUCUGAAAGUCAUCCAACAACCUUUUUAAAGCAGCGAUUAGAAAGUUGAAUCCCAAACCCAUUUUGGAAAGGUAACCAUAAAAUAAUGUAAAUAUAGGAAGUGCAGUAUAAGUGCCCAGAACAGGAAACUAAACCCUUUUUUUAAUUAAAAUAUUUUAACCGUGGUCAGAAACGGGGAUAAUAAGCGAUAAAAGCACUUAAAAUCUUUUUUAUGCAUGGGGCAUUUAUACUCAUUGGUUGAUUUACUAUUUUAAUUUUUUUGUCUUUUAUUUCGCCCCAGCAUAUGACAAUUUGGAGACAAUCUCUUCUCUUAAUGGUAAAACCACCACUUUAGUUGAUGAAAGGUUCAGUUUAGCAUUUAAGAAAUGCACCACACAAUGAUUUUAAUUAAAACCUGCAUACCAGUGAAUGAUUUUAUACCAAUAAAUAUUUCAUCCCCUUAGUUGAGGGUGACAUGUCCAGCUUGUAUUUAGUAGAGGUCAAAGCUUUGCUUUUAAUGAGCUCAGCAUAAAAGGUGGGGUUGCUAUGGCGACUGUUUCAUGCUGUCUGGGAGAAAGUGGCUGCGACUUCUUAUCCCACCAUCACACACCUGCAAACAUCUUUACUGCCCACUGGCGCAAAGCAACUCUCCAAACAAACACGCAUAUGAAGAGAUUUAUGUCAUUACUUCUUCUUCUUCUUUUUAAUUGUGUCUUCUUUUGGUGUUUCAAAGCCUUAAUCCAUGAAUGAAGCAUAUGACUGGACCAACAAUUUUACUUAGAAAUUAAUUAACCACUCCAGGAUUGCUUAUGCAGGUUAAUACUGGUCUGGCUAGGUGACCCAACAUGAUCUUUCUAGAGAAGCUAGUUGACUAGGUUAAACCAAGUUCUCCCCAAAAUUAAAAUUAGCUGAAAAUCUACUCACCCUCAGGCCAU